GCCGGGGCGCGCGCGGAGCUGGCGAGAGGGCGGUGGAGGCGGCGCCGAGGGGGCCCGCCGAGGCGCGCGGGGUAUCGGCGGCGUCCGGGAGCCUGUCGCUUGCGCUGUCCCUCCGGUUCGCUGAGUCCGGGCGGGAGCCCCCACGACGGAAGGCAGCAUGUCGGUGGCGGGGCUGAAGAAGCAGUUCUACAAGGCGAGCCAGCUGGUCAGUGAGAAGGUCGGAGGGGCCGAAGGGACCAAGCUCGAUGAGGACUUCAAAGAGAUGGAGAAGAAGGUGGACGUUACCAGCAAGGCUGUGACGGAAGUGCUGGCCAGGACCAUUGAGUACCUGCAGCCCAACCCAGCCUCGCGGGCCAAGCUGACGAUGCUCAAUACCGUGUCCAAGAUCCGCGGGCAGGUGAAGAACCCGGGCUACCCGCAGUCAGAGGGCCUGCUGGGCGAGUGCAUGAUCCGCCACGGCAAGGAGCUGGGCGGCGAGUCCAACUUUGGCGACGCCCUGCUGGAUGCUGGGGAGUCCAUGAAGCGCCUGGCAGAGGUCAAAGACUCCCUGGACAUAGAAGUCAAGCAGAAUUUCAUCGACCCCUUGCAGAAUCUGUGUGACAAAGACCUGAAGGAGAUCCAGCACCACCUGAAGAAGCUGGAGGGCCGCCGCCUGGACUUCGACUACAAGAAGAAGCGGCAGGGCAGGAUCCCCGACGAGGAGCUGCGCCAGGCCCUGGAGAAGUUCGAGGAGUCCAAGGAGGUGGCCGAGACCAGCAUGCACAACCUCCUGGAGACGGAUAUCGAGCAGGUGAGCCAGCUGUCCGCGCUGGUGGAUGCCCAGCUGGACUACCACCGGCAGGCCGUGCAGAUCCUGGACGAGCUGGCCGACAAGCUCAAGCGACGGAUGCGGGAAGCCUCCUCCCGACCCCGGCGGGAGUACAAACCCAAGCCUCGGGAGCCCUUCGACCUCGGGGAGCCGGAACAGUCCAACGGGGGCUUCCCCUGCGCCACGGCCCCCAAGAUCACAGCCUCGUCCUCUUUCCGAUCUUCUGAGAAGCCCAUCCGGACCCCCAGCAGGAGCAUGCCCCCACUGGACCAGCCGAGCUGCAAGGCUCUGUACGACUUCGAGCCUGAGAAUGCGGGGGAGCUGGGCUUCCAUGAGGGUGACGUCAUCACGCUGACCAACCAGAUCGACGAGAACUGGUACGAGGGCAUGCUCCACGGCCAGUCGGGCUUCUUCCCCCUCAGCUACGUGGAGGUGCUCGUGCCCCUGCCGCAGUGACUGCGUCGCCCCGGCCCCGUCCGGAUGGCCUGCAUUCCACCCGCCUGUGCAGCUGCGACGGUGCCCGUGGGCGCUCCCAGGGCGCCGGGGAAGGCGGGCCUCGCCAGGGCAGCCGGGCUGGAUGUCGGGGAGGGGCCUGCGUCUGCCAGGGCCACCCACGGUCCCCAGUCUACGCGGCAGGCUGGGGGCCGGGCAGUAUCUCUGCUCCCGGUGCCCGGAGGGGGCUAACACUAAGGUGCUCUUAGAAACACUAACUUCCUCCCACCCCUCCAGGAACGGGUAACUCCAGGGGGCCCCUUCCCUCACACAUGCGCGUGCACACACCCCGUCCCCCUUCCCGUGCCAGGAGACCUGCCCUUAACAGGAGACGGGUGUUCUGAGCAGGACCCCUGGCCCAGAUCCCCCACCCUGGUUUCCACUUCACCCCAACACUCCCUCCCAGCCCCAACUCCAGGGCUCCCCAGGCAGGGCACACCCGCGGAUGCCACCUCCCUGGGGAGAGACAGGCUGGGGUCCUCAGGGUUCCCCUAAAGACCGGCCCUCUCCGAGCAGCCUCGGAGGUGCUGUGGUCUCCCUCCUCCAGCGCCCUCUGCCUUGCCCCGCACCCCUGCUUCCCUUCCCACGUGUCGGGGGCCCCAACCCAGACAAGCACACGGGACGUUCCUGUGGCACAAACCGCCACCACCAGCCGUGCGCACCACAGCCGCUGUCCUGCAGGCACCCUCAGCCCCCCCCCCCCCCCCGGGACCACCCUCCGGAGGGUUACAGGGCAGCCACUGCCAUCUCCCUACACACAGACCAAGGCGGCAGCUGCCCUGCCCAGCAGAGCUGAGCCCUGCCUCCACUUCCCCUCCUGCCUAAUCCAAAAAUUGGCUUGACCAGGGGACCUCGGGACUGGAUCACAUUCCCCUCCUCUGAUCACCUUGCAAAGCCCCAGGGACACCGGGCUCUGAGGCCCCUCGUUGCCAUCCACGGGGGGGGGGCGCAGACCUCCCAGCAGACACGAGCGGUGUAACCUGGGUCGCAACCAAGGGCAGAUUGAAAUGUAAUCCUGAUUCUUUUUUUAAAGUAUUAAAUGUCUCUUUCUACA